AUGGUUUACAAAGCCGCAGGAUACAAGCUCUCCGUCGCCCAAGCGCAGGCUUGGAUAAAGCAGGCCACCGGAAAGGAAUGCCCCGGCCCAGACAUCCCCGACGUCCUGAAACGCAUCUUGAAAGACGCAAACAUCAACUGGCUCGCCAUUUGCGGCACAUCAUACGAAGGGAAGGACACCAUCCUCGUCGUGCGCCACCAGGGCGAGGACAGAAAUUCGACUAUGGAAAACUGCAUUCCUGCAAAUGAGCGCCCGCAGGAUAAGAAAGCGAAGGGAAUCUUCUUGGAGAUGUCGGGGUUGAAGGACGAAGAGGUCGAGUGGGUGACUAUUCCCGAUCCGUACGGGGACCUCAAUCCUUGGUGGAUAGGAUGA